AUGGACGACGGUUACUCUAGUCAGGGUGGAUACUCUAGCCAAGGCGGUUUCUGGUCAAGUCCGAACGAGUCCUGGAAACGCAACGGCAACGGCGCUAGCGGUGGACACAGCAGUGGCAAUGGAUCAAACAGCGGUCGCCGGAGGACCACACCGCCUAACUCUCCCCGCCAAAAGGCUCGCUCCUAUGGCGAUCGGAAGCAUGCUCGCCAAUACCUCAAGAACACCAUGAGAAUCCAUACAACAUAUACCCCAUUCUCGCUCAUCGGACAUAUCGGCUUAAUUCUCUACCGGAUUAUCAUGCUCCUCGGCACCCCUUCGCCCUUCCAGCUCGUCUCCUUCACCCAUCUCGUCUACCUCACCGACACAGCCUUCCACAUCUUCUCCCUCGCCUGGCACCUCCUCCGUUUCCCCAAGCUAGAGCGUAUCACCGUCAUCUACGGAACUUGGGUCGUCUGGAUCGGUUGGGGCCUCGCUAUCUGGCUCUCUGAUCCCGACAUGGAGAUCCAUCAGCAGGAACACCGUGCCGCCUAUGGCAUGGAUAGCCAUCAGCGCCAUUUCCGUCAGGAUGACGUUUAUAGCAGUAGUUGGUACAGGAGCCAGUUCUCGUACACGCAGUACUCUUCCUACAGCAGCAGCGUCCGAAACGACAGCAGCAACAUCAACCAAUUACUGCCCCUGGCGCCCUUUGUGAAGAAGUACAGCAACUGGUAUAUCCUCUACAUGCCCGUCGCCACUUUUUUGGGUCUGUUGAUGUUCCGGAGGAACCUCUGGGGCUUGAUCUCCUGGGAGCACUUGACGAGAAUGGAUCAGAUCGGACAGUUGAAGUGGUACCGAGCAUGGUGCCUUUCGGGUGUCGGCGCAGGAUGGGCGGUUGCAUGGCGAUUCUGCCGGUGGUGGUUCCGGGUUCCCUUUAUGCCUCUGGAUGAUCCCACAUUUUGUCGGUACGCUUCAUCAGGAAAGAGCUGCCUGGAUCUCCUUGAAGCUGCAGCGGCGGCAGCAAACUCGCAGGACGGCUCGGGAGCCUUUGGACAAGGCAUUGGUUUGGCAGCCACCGUGGUCCGGUACAGGACUGAUGUUCUCGAGUUUGCGAUCUGGCCUAUGCUGGUAUCGAACCUGGUUAUGGGCCUGAUUCUGAUGUGCUGGUGGAGCUUCUGGACAUUCCAGUACCAGGGCGUUGUCUGGCGCGAGGACCUGAAGGAGGGUUGGGCUGUCUGGAAGACUACGACUGGAGGUGUCAUGACUGGAUUGGUGACGGACGAAGAGCUGCGAAAGAGCGUCAAGGACUGGCGGGAACACAACCAGAACCACUCUCAGAAUCAUCACAAUCACAACCCAUCUCGGAGUCAUGGUCUCCACCAGCCUGCCUACUCAGGAUCCACCACUCCUCAGUACCCUUGA